CCUUCGGUUUUUGGACACUCUCUCUCUCAUUGUAUUUGAUUUCUUAGCUUCAGUUCCAAUUGUCUUGUAUUAUCUUGUGUUAUCUUGCAUUCCGGUAUCUUUUGUUUAGUGAGUUAGUUUUCCUCCUCAGAUCGUUGCCGCUGUUCUGUUGUUCGGCCCACCUCCCAUCUCCCUGCCCUUUCCCCUUUUCCCCUUUCCCUCGUCCCGGGGCGUGGGUCCGUGGGUCCCCCCGCCCCAUUAGUCACGGAACCGGGCCGAACCGGCCCCUAAACCGCUGACGAGGAGAGAUUCAAGACCCGCCGGCUUCGACGUCUUUGAGAAAGUAACGCCGUGAGGGGGUGCUUGAGGGAUUCAAGGCCCCCAGGAGAAACCGAAGCGCUUGGUUUAUUGGCUCCAGUUCAACUUUUGCCUUUCACCUGUGAUCCUCCCAGCCUGCAGGAGAGCAGCAAAUGGCCUCAGCACAUCUGUCUCAGGAGCCCGUGAGCUUUGCCGAGGUGGCCGUGUAUUUCAGCAGGGAGGAGUGGGCGCUGCUGGACCCUGCACAGCGAGCGCUCUACCGGGACGUGAUGCUGGAGACGUACCAGUCCGUGGCCUCGCUGGCUCCACUUACCGUCCCCAAACCCAUGGUGAUUUCCCUGCUUGAAGGAGGGGAAGAGCCCUGGAUCCCAGAUGUGUGCAGCCCCACGGAGAUGGCAGGAGAGCUCAGCCCAGAGCGCUUCAAAGAGGGAUCCACUCUUACGUACCAGCAGAGCAUCCAUGCAGGAGAGAGACCAUUUAAGUGUCCUGAGUGUGGGAUGAGCUUCAUAAAGAAUUCUGUCCUCGUCCGCCACCAGCGCAUGCACACAGGAGAGAGACCAUACAGGUGUUCUCAGUGCCCACUGAGCUUUAAAAGCAGUUCUACCCUCGCCUACCACCUACGCACCCACACAGGAGAGAGACCCUAUAUGUGCCCUGAUUGUGGGAAGGCCUUCAGAGGCGUUUCUGGCCUCACUUACCACCAGCGCAUCCACACAGGAGAGAGACCCUACAAGUGCCCUGAAUGUGGGAAGGCCUUCAGAAGCAAUUCUGGCCUCACCUACCACCAGCUCAUCCACACAGGAGAGAAACCCUACAAGUGCCCUGAGUGUGGGAAGGGCUUCACAAGCAGUUCUAGCCUCACCUACCAUCAGCGCAACCACACCGGAGAGAGACCAUUUAUGUGCCCUGAGUGUGGGAAGAGUUUCAAAAACAAUUCUGACCUCGUUCGCCACCAGCGCACCCACAUAGGAGAGACACCAUACAGCUGUCCUCAGUGCCUACAGAGCAUGAAUGUUAGAGAGUUUGAAGACCUCACCAACCACCAGCGCAUCCACACGGAGAGAUCCUUUAACUGCCCUGGAUGUGAGAAGAGCUUCAAAAGCAGUUCUGAUCUCACUGUCCACCAGCACAUCUGCACAGGAGAGAGACCCCGCAGGUGCCCAGAGUGUGAGAUGGGCUUCAAAAGCCGUUCUAACCUCAGCUCCCACAAGCACAUCCACAGAGGAGGCCAACCGUAGCAAUGCCCCAAGUUUGUGAGAACCUUCAAAAGCAGUUCCUGCCUUGUGACCUACCCACACAGCCACCCAGGAGACAGAGCCUGCAGUGUGGGAAGAGCUUCAGCUGAGCCCCAGCCUACUCAGCACCUGUGGCUUUCUGCAGUGAUGAACAUUGUAUGUCCCCUGAGCUGAGGAGGAGCUCUGGAGGUAAAUUAAAUGCUGCUCCACGUCCCUCCCUGGCAUGGGGAUAACAUACAUUGUUCUCUUUCAGCUGGAGACAGUGUGUUGUGUGGAUGUGCAAAGGAGAGUCCAGAGCAGGACGUGGCACAGCCACUGGAAACCCUCUGCCCAGUGGUAUAUUUCUGCCAUGCCUGUGCACAUGGAGAUGCCUGGGGAAGUCAUCUUGCUUUCAGAGAAACCCAUUUGCAGGUGAGGACCCAAAGGAAACCUCCACUGGACAGAGAAGUCACCGGGGAGGAAGAAAAUGUGUCUGCAGGGUGUGUGGGAAGAGUUUCAACUGGAGCUCAGCUCUUAGUAGACCCCAGUGAACAGACACAGGGGGAGGCCCUCUGAGUGCCUUGAGUGCAGGAAGAGGUAUGUCCAGAGCUGGCAGCUGAUGGCACUCCAGUGGAUCCACGUGCGGAACCCUACAACUGUGCAGCCUACAAAAAGAGCUACAGCCAUGGCCUGAACCUGGUGAGGUACAAGGAUGUCUACAGUGGGGAGAAGCCCUGCAAAUGCCUGCACCAAUGCGUCCAUGUGACAGGAAACCUCAGAAUUGCUUUGAGUGUGAGAAGGGCAUUGUGCAGAAUGCAGGGCUCCUCACUCGCAGGAGAUGGCCCUCGUGGAAGAUGUGCUCCAAAUGUCCCGAGUGCAGGAAGAGCUUCAAGCACUGCUCCAACCUGAUCGAGUUCCUGAGGAUCCACUCAGGGCAGAGACCUUAGAAAUGCCUGCACUGUGGGCAGAGCUUCAUCCAGAGCCCAAACUUCCUUGCUAACCAAAGAAACUCUCUCAGUGUGCCCAGUUUUCUCUUCUGCUCUUCCUGCAAGCAGCUUUUUGAACCCAUUUCCUGAGGAAAAGCAGCAGUGCAGGCAUGUUCUGUGUGUCUGUGUGCAUGUGUUCCUCUCAGUCAUUUCUGAACCCGCUGAUGAAUCAGAUACAAGGGUCAGGAGAACCAGAAUGCCACUCUUGGAGGUUUACUGAAAAUCACCUGCAGGUGGAAGGGAAGGGGGAGAAUAAAGUAGCUGAGUUGUCCCAGA